AAGGCGUUUCCAUUAUCAAACCGGCGACGGUCAGUAUCACGCAGGCACGGCGGAGUGAACGGACGAGCAAAGUUUCCCGGAUCAAAUCACAUCACAUCCGUUUACAAUCCCACCGAAUGAUUACACUGAAUUACCCAACAUACCACAGUUUUGCAGAUAUUUGCUGAUGUUUUGAAGCAGUGCUGAACUAUAGCUAUUUGGGAGGCGAAAAGCGCGAAGCGGAUCUCACCACACCGGGAACAUCAUCCCUCAUCAUCAUCAUCAAGUAUGUCGGAAUACAGUUCGCUGUUGAGUGACCUGUCUGACAACAUCACUAAUGAAGACCUGGAACAGCUGAAAUCAGCUUGUAAGGAGGACAUCCCAGAAGAGCAGAGCAACUCCAUCACCUCCUCCAGAGACUGGUUCAGCUACCUGGAGAAGAAUGACAAACUGGCACAAGAUAACUUAUCCUACAUCGAGCACAUCUUCGAGAUCUCACGGCGGCCUGACCUCUUGACCCGGGUCAUUGAGUACCGCACGACUGUGCUGAAGAUCUCUGAAGACGAUGAGAUUGAAACCAAACUCACACGCAUCCCCUCUGCGAAGAAAUACAAGGAUAUCAUUCGCCAGCCGUCAGAAGAUGAGAUUAUCAAACUGGCCCCUCCGCCCAAAAAAGCGUGAGGUCAAAGUUCAGGUCCUCUGCUCCACAUUCCCUGGCACUUCAUCAUGCCCAUCAUCAUCACUAAACCACGCCCAACUUACCCCCCACAGUACAGAAGCUAAGCAGCCAAUCAGAUCGCCAAGAUGCUUUACAGCUUUGCCCAAGCCACGGAGGCACACCAAUUAUGGAAAAUUUGGACGAAAGGACAAAGAGACAGUCGCUGAAAGACUAGUAGUACAGUUGCAAAUGUAAAGCGAAAGGGUCCACAUUCUGCGUUUGUUUACUCUUGUGUGGUCUCAUGUCUGUUAGCGAGAGAGAGUUUGUUUAAAGGAGUUGGUCGGACCAACAAACAGAGAAGUACAUUGUUUCUUGGGCUAACUGAUGCGAAUCUAGAAAAGAUAACACAUUUAGCUACUAAGCCACAUUUGCUCCAUAGCUAGUAGUGUGGGAAGACCUGAGGUCAGUACAUUCCCUUUAAAAAGGAGAAAAAGACUUAUUAACAGAUGAAUUGUCUGAAUUUUGAAAUAAUCUUUGAAUUUGUGUGAUUGCCACAUAGAAAGCCAAUAUUUGCCUUCUUUAGAUAUAUCAUGCAUUAUUCCAGGGUAUGCACUUACCUAAAGUAGAUGAUUAUAAUUGCUUUUUAUAUUUCCUAAUUAUAGAAAUGAUAGUUUAUUAUAUUAUCGGUUAGUCAUCCUUUUUUAUCAAAUGACAGCUGUUUUAAGCAAAUAUCAUUAUAAAUGAAGGAUUAUAUGAACACCCAUCUAUAACAAAAGUACAGUAUGGGGGUAAAAUGAGGUGUUUACCUCUUAUAUUAUAAUGGCAGGCCUAUUAAAAAUUAGAACAAAAAAAAGAGUCAUUCAAUUUUUUAAUUCGAUUUUUAUGAAUUGUUUAGCUCCAUGACUGCAGUAUUUGGAUUAGUAAACAGAAGGCAUAUAUUUUUGUUAAAACCACAAAUUGUUAAACGUAAUACUACUGUGAAUGAUUUUAAUGUCUCACGAUGCCAUUAUGUGAAACAUUAGGUCGAUCUACAAAUAAAGGGGAAGCAACAGCUAUGUCUAAAAUAGAAAUAAGUUGGUUAAAGAGUAAAUAAAUAUAUUAUACAAUUCCAGAGCUCUACAUUGCCAAAAAUCUGUAGGUAUCUCUCAUAAAUAUCAGAGAUCCAAACAGUUCAUCAUUUUAGCCGUUUUGUUUCUAGUUUACUCUGCAUCUUUUUAGUAAGUGUACUUUAAUACAGACACAUUUUCUUUUACAAUUCUAACACAGCAGGCUCAUGCUGUGGUUAUACAUUUUAAUAUCACAAAUAAUCACCUUCAUCUGCUGAAAGACUGUUUUAACUUAAUGUGCUUGAUCACUGUGUGUCAUAGCUCAGCUUAGACUGUUGUUUUCAAUUUAUAGACGCGCUUUCGAGGACAUCGUGCGUGUUUUUAGCACGUCUGUAUUUCCAUGCACGCAUGAAAGCAGCAUGCGUCGUUUAGUUGUUGUUUCUGUGACUUUAAAUGAUUCUGUUUUGUUAUUUUGUUGAAGAGAUGCAGACGGGCGCUUAAAACGGUAGCCUAAAGUCUAAAAUGUAAAAAGCUUCGAUGGCACAUGGUCCUAAAUAUGUGUUGCCCUUUUAAAUGUACAUUCAAAUGAAACGAGCAAACUUACCCUCAUGUCAUUCCAAACCUGUGUGAAUUUCUGAUUUCUGGGAUGAGAAAUGUUAUGGAUGGUUUACGCUGCUCUCGACCAUAGCAGUGAAAGCGAAUGGGGACUAGGGAUGUUGAGCUUCAUAAAUGUAGUCCAGACCAGUGUUGGGUGUAACUAGUUACUAAGUAAUUAGUUACUGUAAUUGAAUUCCUUUUCAUUUUAAAAAGUAAAGCAAGGGAUUACUCUUAUUUUUUCUGUAAUUUAAUUACAGUUACUUCUGAUGUAAUUAAACUAAAUACUCUGUGUAAUAUAUGUGUGUGCAAUAGUGGAAUUAACAUCAAAAUUCAAAGUCUAACUUUAAAAUGAAUGCUUUAAUGUAUAAUUCUCACAUUUGUAAUACUUUGGUCAGUAAAUAAGAGUACUUUAUGUAGUUUAUAUGAUUUAUUUGAAUGAAUUAAAAGAGCCGUUUCAUGUCAAUCCUUGAAUCACUUAACUAAUCAAGGUUGAUGUAGGAUGUAGAAAGUAAUUAGUAAUAAGUAACUAAAUACUUUUUGGAGAGUGUAAUUUGUACAGUAAUCUAAUUACACUAUUGAAUAUGUAAUUAGUAACUUGUAAUUAAUUACUUUUUCAGAGUAACUUACCCAACACUGGUCCAGGCGACUCGUGUGUUAUUUUCCACGGCGUGCGACAGCUUCGUCUGAGGAGCAGAGGAAUUGAAUGCAGUUAUUUGUAAUAGGGACAGUUCACUCAAAAAUGAAAAUGAUGUCAUCAUUUACUCACCCACUUGUCAUUUCAAAAUGAUGUAAAUCAUGACAGAUCUUUCAAUUUUUGGGUGAACUAUCCCUUGAAUGAUUUGUAUUUACUCGAAGACACUAGUAUUGCAGAAUUUUCCACAAAGCUGCUUUGCGAUAGAAAUAAGACUGACCUGACUCGCACGUUUGCUUAGUCAAACUUGGUGCAAACUUGCUUUUGCUUGACACGGCGCACUGGUCACCAUCCACUUUCAUUUUAUGGAAAAUUGCAGGAUUAACACUCUGUUAAACGUGAAAAGGUGAAAUGUUUGGUAAUGACACGAGGCUGAGUAAACAGUCCAUCAUUCCACCUGGAAAACAGAUUGUACAAUAUAUUUAUUCUAGAGUUUUUUAUGUUGUUGUUGUAUUGAAGUUUCUCAAUUGUGUACAAAUAGCAUCUUUGUGAAUUUUGCUGUGUGUGACAUCGUGACUGUGGUGAUGUUCCCGCUGUAAUGUCCUUAAGAGUUUCUCUGGACAUUUGUGGCCAAAACUGUUCCAACGAUAACCACUCUUUUUGUUUUGUUGUAUCUGUUCAGUGAAGUUAUGGUUGUUUACGUACAUUUGUUUCCUAAUAUCUUGUGUUCAUUGGAAAUUCAGCUCUCUAUAUGCUAAUGCUAGUUUUACCAAUCAAGCGUAGAAUUGUAUCCCCUGACCAGCAACCAAGGGCUUCACAUGUCCUCAAGUCAUCGAUGGUGGUUUUCAAACACUAGACGUCUACGUAUAUCUACAAGCUCCUAUAUUUCAUUUUGAGCAGGUGCUUCUGUAGAUUUCUCUAUACCAAGGGCCUCUUUUAAGCACUGUGCUUUGCGUUUACGUUCAUUUUGGUGAUCUUUUGAAGCCCCUCCACGGGAGCAUUGAAGAAGCCAUAUUUAGUCGCCCUUUUCAGUGUGUCCCGUUGAAACGAGAGGCAUAUUAAAAUGAAUUUUCAUCUUCUAACAGGAAAUAAGCAAAGCUCAGUGGAAUAAGAAGCUUUUUCUUUGCACAGUCGUGUCGUUCAUGUAUUUUGUUCUUCCUCUAUGCAGAGAAUAUUCGGCACUGUGCAUGCAUGUGUCGCCUCUUUCGCUUGGAGACACAUUCUUGUCAUUAUUAACCACUACAUGCAAUUCUCUAGACUAUUCUGUGUUCGGCCAAAUGAAACCGUGUGAUGAUGUAUGAGAACUAACAGAGCAGGCUCAUAAUCAUUUGCUUGUCAAAUGAAAUGUCACGGUAAUGAAAACAUAUCAGCCUUGAUAAUGCUGCAAAAACUAGAAAAUGCUGAGGAUUUAUCACUAUUGGCAUAACAGAAACACUUAUACACGAGUGUUUGAUGUUUAGUAUAAGCAGAAAAAAACGAAAAGAACUACCUGGGUCAUAUUUUACCCCAAAAUCAAAAGAAAAAAAUGAAGUUACAUUUUGUGGAAAGCAUAGACGCCACAAUACUUAGUUUACACUACAAGUAGCCUACAGUUGUAAUUUUAUCAUGGCAUUAUUUUGUAGUUAUUUUAGUUUAUGGCUGAUUAAAAAAAUCAUUGGAUGAAUAUAAUUUUUUUGUAGUGAGAAACACGUUUGGUCUUUUUCUUUAACCUUUUUUUUCCUUUGAACAUAGUAAAAUAUAACCUGCACAUUUCUUCAUGGGAUGUUUUGUUCUCUUACAUUAAGUUGUACAUAUAAAGUAUAUUGUGGAUUUAUAUAAGUGUUUUAUUAUGAAUUAAUUUAUUUAAUGCAAUUGUAUGUUGUUUUGGUGUACUUAAGUAUGUUUACUAACCGGACAUGGUGGGCCACAUCUAUUAUUAAUUGUAAAUGUAAGCGUGACGGGUCAGACGAGGUCAUUUUAAUGCAGGGCAGUGGGCUCUAGAUCCUUUGAUAUUCGAUUUUGAUAACUUUAUAAUUUACACAUCAUUUUGUCAUUUCUUUUUCUUUUCAAAUUCCAGUGUUCAAUGCUUGUUCUCUUUGUUUGUAAUACUCAUCAUCAACAACGUUCUAAACUUGACCCUUGUGCAAAUGCAAGAAAACCUUUAAAGUCCCCGUGAACCCCCCGAUUGUUUUUACUUCCGUAUUCUGACACCUUUCCGAGUGAAAAGGAAUUCCAAAGGAGAAAAUGAGUGGGCAUGGCUCGUGUUUUUCACUGCGAAUUGAUUGGAUGUGUAAAAACAGCUGUUGCAUUGAUUUUGAAAUGAAACUGGCAGCAGACUGAAGUUAACGGAUGCUCCGGCCAAGCCGUCUAGUUUAUGUCAUUUGAGAUGGAUAGUCAUUACAGGGUGGAAGUGCAUUUUCAGAUUUUAACUGAAGAUCAUGAGGGUACAUGAAUCUUAAAAAGAAAAUGACCCACAUUGAUAAGCUAUUUACUAUAAACGCUGCAAUAUUUCAUGAAAAAAUAAGAAUUGUCAUUUUUUAUUUCACUGGGACUUUAAAGAGCACUGUAUUGUUAAAUUCCCUGUCAGGUUGUGAGGUGGGCAGUUUGUGCAGAGAUGGCGUAACAAAACAUUGGUUUAUGUGUGAUACUGUUACUGACAUUGUGGAAGGAUUGUAAGAGUGAUUUCGAUGGUGUUGUGAAGAUGGCGUGGAAUGUAGUAAAUUAGUAAUUCAGAUGAGACAUUCAUCACAAAAAUUAUACAUUAAUAUAUAUAUAUAUAUAUAUAUAUAUAUAUAUGUGAACAAAAUCUAAUUCUGGGACGGUUUAUGUAUAAUUUCGUAUUCCUCAAAUAAAUAAGGAAAAUAGACUGAGUGAAAUAUAUUGAUCAUUUUAUGCAUAUCUGUAGCAAAAUAUAAACAUGCAACUUGCAAAAGCAAAAUGAAUGUGCCAAUAAGAUCUUGUAAAGUUCACAGGAAGAACUAAAGCAUCUUAGAAUUUGAUUUGUUUGUGUUUGCAUUAGUCAUGAUUCUCACAGGAAGAAGCUUCAAUAUGAUUUGAAAGGGUUUGCACCUGUUGCCUUUAGAUGUGUUGCAGUGUAUGUGUGCAGUAGAGGUUAGCAGCAGUGUGAUGUUUUGUGGGCACUUGGCGGGGUUCUUCUAGAAAUGUGGUUGUGUUUAACUGGUGACAGUGCUAUAGGAUUUGACUAGAACAGGUGUUUGGAAAUCAGACUAGUGGCUAUAAUCAGCUGUGGUCAGAUUUUAUUUUGCUUUCUAUAUUUUAUACAGUCUCUGCAUGGUAACAAGCAAAUAAAGGAACAAAUUAAACUGGUUGGAGCAAGUCAAUCCAGCGCCAUGUUUAUUUACCGAUUCUUGCUUUAAAUGACACUUUGACUUGUUCUGCUUUGCGGAUUGUUCUCGCUGAGGACUUUUCUGUGCGCGUCUUAUUUUUCCUCUUAUGGCAUUGAACUUUUAACCUAUCAGCGUUUCUUCAGUAUUGGUUUUCUCUCCUCGUCUUAUGUUGUAAUGAAAGCAAAGCUAUAAAAACACACUUUGUAUGGAAACAUGUUUGUUAAAUAUACCUACAGUGUGGCUUCUCUCUUGGAGUAAAUUAGUCUAAGCAGAAUUGAUGCCAUUUUGUCAUUGUGCUUCAAUGAAUAUAUAAAUAUUAUAUUGUAUAUUAAAAUAUAUUUGCUAACCUACA